GCGGCGUGCGCGCGCGCCCCCGGGAAGCAGCGGGAGCGCGCACGCGCCGGGGCCGCCGCCCCUCCCGGGCCGGGUCCGCCCUCCUUCCCUCCCUCCCCCGCUCGCCUGGCCCGCCCUGCCCGGCCCGCCCUGCGAGUCAGUUCGCUGGUUCCCUCCCUCCCUGGGCGCGCUCGGGCCGCCGCAGCGCUCCCCGCCCUCGAGCCGCGGUGCCGGAGCCGCCCGCCGCCCGAGGAGGAGGUGGAGGGAGCCGGAGGGGCCCGCCGAGGCGGCGGCGGCGGCGGCAAGAUGGCGGACUUCCUGCCGUCGCGGUCCGUGCUGUCCGUGUGCUUCCCCGGCUGCCUGCUGACGAGCAGCGAGGCCGAGCAGCAACGCAAGUCCAAGGAGAUCGACAAAUGCCUGUCCCGGGAGAAGACCUACGUGAAGCGGCUGGUGAAGAUCCUGCUGCUGGGCGCGGGCGAGAGCGGCAAGUCCACCUUCCUGAAGCAGAUGCGGAUCAUCCACGGGCAGGACUUCGACCAGCGCGCGCGCGAGGAGUUCCGCCCCACCAUCUACAGCAACGUGAUCAAAGGUAUGAGGGUGCUGGUAGAUGCUCGAGAAAAGCUUCAUAUUCCCUGGGGAGAUAACACAAACCAACUCCAUGGAGACAAGAUGAUGUCAUUUGAUACCCGGGCCCCCAUGGCAGCCCAAGGAAUGGUGGAAACAAGGGUUUUCUUACAAUAUCUUCCUGCUAUAAGAGCGUUAUGGGCAGACAGUGGCAUACAGAAUGCCUAUGACCGGCGUCGAGAAUUUCAGCUGGGUGAAUCUGUAAAAUAUUUCCUGGAUAACUUGGAUAAACUUGGAGAACCAGAUUAUAUUCCAUCACAACAAGAUAUUCUGCUUGCCAGAAGACCCACCAAAGGCAUUCAUGAGUAUGACUUUGAAAUAAAAAAUGUUCCUUUCAAAAUGGUUGAUGUAGGUGGUCAGAGAUCAGAAAGGAAACGUUGGUUUGAAUGUUUCGACAGUGUGACAUCAAUACUUUUCCUUGUUUCCUCAAGUGAAUUUGACCAGGUGCUUAUGGAAGAUCGACUGACCAAUCGCCUUACAGAGUCUCUGAACAUUUUUGAAACAAUCGUCAAUAACCGGGUUUUCAGCAAUGUCUCCAUAAUUCUGUUCUUAAACAAGACAGACUUGCUUGAGGAGAAGGUGCAAAUUGUGAGCAUCAAGGACUAUUUCCUAGAAUUUGAAGGGGAUCCCCACUGCUUAAGAGACGUCCAAAAAUUUCUAGUGGAAUGUUUCCGGAAUAAACGCCGGGACCAGCAGCAGAAGCCCCUGUACCACCACUUCACCACUGCUAUCAACACAGAGAACAUCCGCCUUGUUUUCCGUGACGUGAAGGAUACUAUUCUGCAUGACAACCUCAAGCAGCUUAUGCUACAGUGAUGUACAAAAGACUUGUUGUUUUAAUAUCUUUUUGUGUUUUUGAUUGUUUUCUGUGUUCUGUUUUUUAAAAUAGCAGUUUACAACCAGAAUUAGAACAAUCUUGAUUCUGUGUUUAACUUCUUGAAAAUCUUAGUACUUUUUCUGCAGUCUUGGGUUUGUGGCUGAAAGCUGUUGAGUGACACAUUGCCAAGAUUUGCUGUAAUGCAGGCUUUGAUCCGUUUCACUAUGGCCUCUAUUCAAGUCCAGCUAAAACUUCCCACCUGACCUCAGACUAGGCAUAUUUCAAGCUUUAAAUUCUGCUUUUCAAACUGAAUUCCCCUGCAGUGCCAAGUAGAGAAGGUGUCUUCACUUGUAGGGAUGAGGUUAGGAAUAUUGGGUUCCAAAACAAGUAAGAUAUCUUGUCUGCCUUACACAUAGCAGUGACACUUGCUGCCUAGCUUAAUGGUGACCUCCUAUUUUGAAAGGGCUGUUAGAAGAAAGUUUGGUCUAAGAAAUGGCAUUCUGUAGAUUUAUAGAAGGUUUAGCCUUCAUAUUUUAAUUGCUUGUAUACACAGCAGCUGUUUUGCUUUUAAAUGUCUGUGUUUCUGAGGGUAAUGCUCUUAGUGUUUUCAAGUUUACAUAAGGAUCUUCGGUCUGAUGCUGAUGAAGAGUUCACAGGUGGUACGGCGGGAGAGCAAAAGACAAGCAAAUGCUAUUUACAGUGUUUCGGUGAAACGUAAUGAGUGAAGUAGAAUUUGCCUUUCUCGUGUUUAAUUAUUAUGUAGUUUAAUGUACUGUAGGUGAAACAUUGUGGCCAUAGCAGCAACUAAAAACUGCAAGUGACUUGGUAGCAGAACUUUCUAAAUAAACAACCUGUUGCGGAAUGUUAGGUGUUUGACUUUUAAGCCCUGUCUCAGUUGGGCAGUAAAGACCAGUCCUUACUGAAGGAAUCAUUGUUGUAACAUCACAAGCAUCUAUCUUUUGCUGUCCUCUCCAUUCCCAUCAACUACAGACUGUAGCAUUUAUGGGAUUGUUUGUUUGGAGCUUACCAAGGGCAGUAUUUUUCUGUCAUAGUAUUCAAGAAGGCAUUAUUUGAGAUUCCUGUUCAUUCUUGGUGUGUCUCUAAAAGAUACAGUAUGUAUACAUUUGUGUAAUUGUUUAUGGAAGUCCAGCUUUUUUGAGGUAUAUUUUAAAUGUUUUAGGAUGCUUCUAAGGAUAAGUAGUAAUUUUUUUUAGUUCGCACCUAAACAUGAUUACAUUGACCUCCCCCCAUUGCUUACCAAAUUAAAAUGUGUCCAUGAAGUAGCUUUGUGAUUGCAGAUGCAUUCAUAGUGAACUCAUCAGAGUGGCUGAUUUGCAGUACUGAAAUACUAUCUUGUAGGUUGUAUGUAGUGUUAAAAUUAGAUCAGAGAAACAAAAGUCCAAGGCUGGUGGCAGUUAGAAAAGUCUGACAGCUUUUCUUCUUUUCCUGAAAAUUUUAAGACUGUGAUAUCUGUCAUGUUGCUGUAUAGCUGGCUGUGCACUCAGGUAUUUUAUUGGUCUUUGAAGGACUGGUCAUUGCGAAUCGCCCAGUCUUUCCAAGUCAGGGGCUGUCAUUCUGUCUUGCUGUCUGAUACAAGAGUGGGGCUUUUCUGUGAACUAACCAGGGAUUGUUCUUGACAUACCUGACUUUUCAUAUGUUUUUUAGUAGAGGCAUGGUUUCACCAUGUUAGCCAGGCU